UACGUGUGUGUGUUCUGUCACUGCAGUCGCCUUGAUCGGACCAGGCUGCGGAUCACACAGGACUACUAUAGGUGCUCAGUGGGGUUCGAAAAUGGUGAAAAUCAGCACCGUGAAGACCAAGCCGUACACGGACCAGAAGCCCGGCACCAGCGGCCUGAGGAAGAGGGUGACGGUGUUCCAGCAGAACCAGCACUAUGCGGAGAACUUCAUCCAGAGCAUUAUCUCUGUCAUCGAACCUGCCGAACGCCAGGCUGCCACUGUGGUGGUGGGAGGAGAUGGCAGGUUUUUCAUGAAAGACGCCAUUCAGUUGAUCGUCCAGAUUGCUGCUGCCAACGGGAUCGGAAAUUUGGUUAUUGGUCAGAAUGGCAUCAUGUCCACCCCAGCAGUCUCCUGUGUGAUCCGCAAGAUCAAGGCAGUUGGUGGCAUCAUCCUCACAGCCAGCCACAACCCUGGGGGCCCCAAUGGAGAUUUUGGCAUCAAGUACAACAUUGCUAGUGGAGGACCUGCUCCCGAGGGCAUCACAAAUAAAAUUUUUGAAAUCAGCAAAAGCCUGCAGGAGUAUCACAUCUGCCCAGAGCUGAAAGUGGACCUGUCCAAGAUCGGCAAGCAGACAUUUGAAGUGGAAUCCUUCAAACCCUUUACAGUUGAGAUUGUGGAUUCCGUUGAGGCAUACGCAGAGAUGCUGAGGGGCAUAUUUGACUUUGCUGCACUGAAAGAGCUGCUCUCUGGAGCCAGUCACAUCAACGUCCGCCUGGAUGCUAUGCACGGAGUUGUUGGUCCUUAUGUAAAGAAGAUCGUCUGUGAGGAGCUGGGAUCUCCUGCCAACUCCGCUGUCAACUGUGUUCCUCAGGAGGACUUUGGAGGCCACCACCCCGACCCCAACCUGACAUACGCUGCUGAUCUUGUGAGCACCAUGAAAGGAGGAGAGUAUGACUUUGGAGCUGCUUUUGAUGGUGAUGGUGACCGUAACAUGGUUCUUGGCAAACACGGCUUUUUCGUAAACCCUUCCGACUCUGUGGCUGUCAUCGCUGCCAACAUUACCAGCAUCCCCUACUUCCAGAAGACAGGUGUCAAAGGGCUGGCCCGUAGCAUGCCCACCAGUGGCGCCCUGGACAAUGUGGCCAAAGCUCUGCAGAUGCAGCUGUAUGAGACUCCAACAGGCUGGAAGUUCUUUGGGAAUCUUAUGGAUGCUGGAAAACUGUCACUUUGUGGAGAGGAGAGCUUUGGCACAGGCUCAGAUCAUAUCCGUGAGAAGGAUGGUCUGUGGGCGGUGCUUGCGUGGUUGUCAAUCUUGGCCACCAGGAAACAGAGUGUGGAAGACAUCAUGAAGGAUCACUGGCAGAAGUUCGGCAGGAAUUUCUUCACAAGGUAUGACUAUGAGGAGGUUGACUCAGAUGCUGCCAACAAGAUGAUCAAGGAUCUGGAAACAACAAUGUUUGACCCAUCCUUCAAAGGAAAGAAGUUCUCCUCAGGGGAUAAGACUUACGAGGUGGCUAUUGCUGACAACUUUGCCUACACAGACCCUGUUGAUGGCAGCGUUUCCAAAAACCAGGGCCUCAGGAUCAUCUUCUCUGAUGGCUCUAGGAUUAUUUUCCGUCUCAGCGGUACAGGCAGCGCAGGGGCAACCAUCAGGCUCUACAUUGACAGCUACGAGAAGGACCCCCAGAAGAUUUACCAGGACCCACAGGUUAUGCUGGCCCCCCUGGUGGACAUCGCCCUGAAGGUCUCUCAGCUCCAGGAGAGGACUGGACGCACCGGCCCCACUGUGAUCACAUGAUUCCACUGCCACACUGCCUCCACUCACCCUCAGCAACAGGAUACCUCUCCUCUCUUGGGGGUGAAGCGUCCCUUGAAUGCUGUUUUGGCUUCAGUUUUUAGCCUCCUUUUAAAGAAUGCUGGAACAAAAACUGUACCUGACUACGCAAGGCUAAAUCCAAGAAAAUACAUGAGGUAUUCUUGAUUUACACACAACAAAAAAUAAUCCUGUACUGCCAAUUUUUUUUGUAGCAGGCAAAGAGGUAAAUAUGUUGUGUUAAUAUGUUGAUGUCUUCAAACAAGGAAGAAAACUGCCGAAGGGGUCAGAUAGUUCUCACAUUUUGAGUCCAGCCUGUCAUACAAUCACUUGUUUAAGAAGAUUAAUGAUGCUGAUGAAAAAGGUUAGGAAUUCAGAGCAAAUGAUCUCAGCAGUUGCAUAGUUUUUUAAUGUGACUUGAGGAAAACAACAUUUAAAGGCUCCAAAAUUGACUGAAAAACAUCAGUGUUUUAAAGCCUAAUCAUUUAAAUCGAGUGUGCCUCAUGUAAUUUCUGAAAUAGUAUUUAAAUCAUGUUAUUGUACAGUUGCCAAAUGGAUAAAUCAGCAAUCUGGGAAUGGUUUUCACCCCUUCACACUUGUUCCUUACUGACCUGGUGCCUUCCCCAUCCACUUGUCGUCCAAUACACCACAAACAGCCUCUAAACGUGAACCACGAACCACAUCUAAAACUAACAAACACAUCCACCCAAAAUAAAAGUGUUACAAAAAGA